GCAGUGCAGUCAAUCACAGGAAACACUGGAAGGUCUCUGGUGAAACUUUCACGCUUAUUUCAAGAUGUAGGUGACUUUUUUUUUUUUUUUUUUUUUGAGACGAAUUCAACCUUAGUGACAUACUGAACUACAAUCGCUGUCACAUCGACUGCCCUGAUUGAUUCUGGACGGCUGCUGAAUCUGGUCACUGACCAUCAGGCGUUUCAGUCACCAUGCUGGACAUUCACUUAGAAAGGAAAUGAAUUAUUUUAAUCAAACAUCGCUUGAGACUAACCUUGAGGACUAUGAUUAUAUCUUCGCCGAUGAGACUUUUAAACUCCUGACGUUCACCAUCGGAUCUAUCGGUGUCCUGGGCUUCUGUAAUAAUAUCAUCGUCAUUAUUCUCUACUACAGGUUCAAGAGACUCCGAACACCAACUAAUUUGUUAAUCGUGAAUAUAAGUGUCAGCGAUCUGCUGGUGUCAGUCACUGGAGUUAAUUUCACAUUCGUCUCGUGCGUGAAGAGAAGAUGGAUCUUUGAUUCUGCCACAUGUGUUUGGGAUGGAUUCAGCAACAGUUUAUUCGGCAUCGUGUCCAUCAUGACUCUCUCCGGUCUGGCGUAUGAGCGCUACAUCCGUGUGGUUCAUGCCAAGGUCAUUGACUUCCCCUGGGCCUGGAGGGCCAUCACGCACAUCUGGCUGUACUCUUUGGCCUGGACUGGCGCUCCUCUCCUGGGAUGGAACCGCUACACGCUGGAAGUCCAUCAGUUGGGCUGCUCUCUUGACUGGGCUUCCAAAGAUCCCAACGAUGCUUCCUUCAUUCUCUUCUUCCUCCUCGGAUGCUUCUUUGUUCCCGUGGGCGUCAUGGCCUACUGUUAUGGAAACAUCUUGUACACUGUUAAAAUGCUGCGUUCUAUCCAGGAUCUGCAGACGGUUCAGACGAUUAAGAUCCUGCGAUAUGAGAAGAAAGUGGCGGCGAUGUUUCUAAUGAUGAUCACCUGUUUCCUGGUGUGCUGGACGCCCUAUGCUGUGGUCUCCAUGCUGGAGGCUUUUGGCCGGAAGAGUUUCAUCUCCCCCACUUUUGCCAUCAUUCCCUCUCUCUUCGCCAAAUCCAGCACUGCCUAUAACCCCGUCAUCUACGCCUUCAUGAGCAGAAAGUUUCGCAGGUGUAUGUUACAGAUGCUGUGCUCUCGUCUGGCCAGUGUGCAGCACAGCAUUAAGGACCGUCCCCUGGCCCGCAUCGAACAUCCUGUACGGCCCAUUGUGAUGUCACAGAGCCGUCCCGACCGGCCGAAAAAGAGAGUGACCUUCAGCUCUUCCUCCAUCGUAUUCAUCAUCGCUAGCAAUGACACUCAUCCUCUGGAUAUUACCUCCAAAUGCAAUGACGAAACAGACAUCAACGUAAUUCAAGUUCGACCGCUUUGACAUUUGCCGCAGUGAAAUAGAAGAACGACGCUGGAGUUCAUUAACAUCACACUAAUUUAAUACUUAUAACAUAGGGAAGAUACAGAAACAUCUUUUUUAUAAAUAAAUAUGGAAACAAGGAUUUCUUUAUUGUUGCAACGUAAACUAACUUUUUUGUUUAUCAAGACUUGUGUGAACUAUUUUAUGAAAAUGACUUGGAGUUGUUUAUGAUUUUCUCCAUCGUGUCAGACACUGAAACUUCGACCUUCACCCAGUUUCGUGAGCUGGUGAGAUAUCCGCAGCUUAGAUUGCACAGUCUGUGAGCAGAAUACAUUAUUGAGUGUGCUCAGAUAGAUUAGGAACACAGUUUAGUGCAAGGACAUUUGUCAAAACUGCAGCAUCUCAUACAUAAUGUCAGUCAGGUCUACAGCGCCCCCUGGAGGAAGCGAAGUGUGUGUCCUUAAAACAAGCCAAACAACUAUUUCUAAUAGUCAAUUUUUGAUUAAGGGCGCGAACAAACCCCUAAAUAUUAAGCUUUGGUGAGUUUACCCGAAAUUGCAUUAUUCUUGAGAAGAUCUCUGUUUUUCGUUUUCUUUUAUAACGAAUAUAGAUUUUUUUUAAAUCCACUGACGGUGAUGCACACUCUGAAAAAUGACUUUUAAUUUUUGGGUGAACUAAGCCUUUAAACUUUGUUUUUUGUCAUUUACAUCAGUUAUAUUUGCAUAAAAUAAAUUAUGUACUUUUGUGUUAGUUCAUUAACGGCACAUUUGAGCAGCAUAUGUAAACUGUGUAGGCCUAAAUAUAAAGAUAUGCCAAAUCACAGAUUUUUUUCAGACCGGAAUCAAUAAUUGUGUAAUAUUAUUUUUAUUUUUAUUAUGAUAUGAAACGUCCAAUUUUUCUUUCAAUUAUGUUUUUUAAAGUUUUGCAAGAAUUUAGUGAUACUAAACUUUUUAUUAGUUGUUAUAGCAAGUGAUUUUAAAGGAUGGCUCUCUUUUUAUAAGAUGACAGAAUUUUUUUCUUGAAUUCGUAGUUUAUUCCUACAUUUGUAAACAUAUUUUUUUUUUUUAGAAUUACUAUUAUUAUUAUUUCUGUUGUUUCCGGAAGUAGUAGUUUUGAUAAUAGUGAAUAGAAAAAAUAUAACCACACACAUUGUUUGUCCACAGAAUAAUUACACAUUAUUAAAUUACUUUUUAAGUCCAAAAGUUUAUCAGUUCAUUAGUUUCAGUGCUGGAAACACACUUUGAUUAGUUCCUGAACAGGACGUUCUGAAGUUUCUAAUUUAAUAAAAAAUUUAACUGAAAACACUGAAUCUUAUUUUUCAACCCAUUCUCACUCCAAAGGCGUCAAAAACCGAAGCAUGG